CCUUUAUUUAAGGCUAUAAAAGGGAUCACCUUAAGAGAAGUUUGUAGUUUUAGUUCUAUUUAACUCUCUUUCUGGUAAUACAUCGUGUUUUUCUGUUUGUAUUGUUAUCAUCCUUGAAAAAUUCUCUAUGCAAGAUAAUUCAGGAUCGGGUACAAUCGUGUGGACACGUGAGUUAGAUGAAAUGAUCCGAGAGGCUGUAGCAAGAUAUGGGAGUAACGACUGGUCUAAGGUGUGCCAAAAACUACGUACCCAGCAAAUUACUCCAGAACAAUGUCAAAUGCGUUGGGAGCAAGUUCUACGUGAUCAAACAGUAAAGGGACCGUGGAGUGAAGAAGAAGAUAAAUUGCUUCGUUCUUUAGUUGAAAAGCACGGCCCCAAGAAGUGGUCUACAAUUGCGUCUCACAUAAACGGGAGGAUUGGCAAGCAGUGUCGUGAACGCUGGUUAAACCAUCUAAGCCCGGACGUAUCAAAAGACGUUUGGACAGAGGAGGAGGACGAGAUUCUGAUCAACGCCCAGUUCCAGAUGGGUAACAAGUGGUCCUUCAUCAGCAAGCUCCUCCCCGGUCGUUCCGAAAACGCCGUCAAAAAUCGCUAUAACUCCAUCGCCAGCCGCAACGGUGUCCGCAAGAAGCGUCUCGGUACCUACGUGAAUCGUUCCGCGGCGCGAAGCAAUCUUCUGCGCAUUCCGGUGCAAAACAAAAGCGACCCUCCUUCGGAAGGCAUUUCUCCACUAUCUUCCACGAGCUUUGAUUCGACCUAUUCGGAGCUUCUCAAGAAGGCCUCGGAAGGAGCGCGUGCGCCGUCUGCGCGCCACUCGCGUCGCGGCGGGGAUGCCGCGCAGCCCGCCAAAUCGCCCGUGACGCGAAGCCACGGCAAUCUGGGCUUGGGCUUGGGCAUGGGCAUGGGCGUUUCGGAGCGACUGGGCAUGGAAGAAGCGACCGCCGCUUCCGACCUCCCCAAUGGUCCCAAUGGUCCCAGCGGUCCCAGUGGAGUCAGCGGAGUCAGUGGAUAUAGCGGGCCCAACGGAGUCAAUGCGUCCAGUAUGCCCAACGGACCCAACGGACCCAACGGAUCGGCCGCCGAGCUGGGCUUUCCCGGGUUUUCCGGGUUUUCCGGGUUUUCGGGGCCAUCCGGGGGCUUCCUGGACCUGGAGGGCGGGGCGUUUCCGCUGGACCCGCUGGAGUCGUUUUACUCGACGCUGCCGCUGGACACGUCGGAGAGCAACAGCAGCUACCUGCAGGCCAUCCAGCAGGAGCGCGAGAAUCUGCAGCAGAUCGACACCUUGCUGCUCUCAGGAAACACCAUCAUGGGGAACCAGCCGUCCGACUUCUACGGGGGACUGGACGACAAUUAUUCGCAGUUCUCCUCGGCGCCCAGCGGCGCCUUCCUCGCUCCCGAGUUCACCUCCACGACCUCCCAAACCGAGAUUCCGCCGGUGCGGCUGCGGCCGAACGCACGCGUGGGGACGCUCAAUCAUGGAGUCUAUGCGUCGUGGGAUCGCGAUCCGGAGGGAGAGAGAGGGUCGCUGUCCGGGUCCCUGCCGCGUGGAAGCUUGCCGAAGCAGAAGUACGAGUCGCUCGAUCUCAUGAAGCUGCUGUAUGACACGGAUGGCGAAAUGAGGGGAAAUGCGUCGCUGGACGCGGACUUGAUGAUGGGGAUGGAUGGAGGGAAGGAGUCGUCGCUGGCGACGAUGGAUAGUGGAUUCUGAUAAGAGUAGCUCUGUGAGAUGUUAUUUUGUAUUCUCGCGUGAACUAUGAUGGUAAACAUAUAAAUGUGU